AUGGUAAAAGAAGACUACGAUCUUAGACUAAUUCAGGCAGCCGGACACAAUAUCAAAAUGAGACUUCUUGUCAUCCUUCAGGUUCUUUCAUAUAUAAUCACCGCAUUUGCAGCUCCUAUCCAUGUUCAGACAAUUGAGAAUACAUUGGUUGCUCUACCCCCAAAACCUGCGACCAAACUGCGGGCACCGAAUGCUGCCAUUAGGCUUUGUAAGAUUAUAUGUAAGUUUAAAUCCGAUGAACGCCGGACUUAUGCUGCUUGCUUCAGAGACCGAGUCAGCAGAACCAAUUCUGGGGCUACAGAUGCAGCCGAUCAACUGGUUUGUUGUUUGAUACUUGUGGCUCCGGAAUUUGGGUAG